AUGUGCCUGGGUCUGGUGAAGUCGGAUGCGUGGAAGCCAUCUACAAAGGUGGUGACUGUGCUCUCGGCCAUUGCGCAGAUGCUCGCCCAGCCGAACCCCGACGACGCGCUUGUUCCUGCAAUUGCGACGUAUGCUAUAUACACGUCGCCGAACCAUGCGCCCGUCGCGUACCACCUCCCUACACUGAUUGUCACGCCUUAUGGCCAGCCUCAGCAUAUUUUGUACUCGUAUGUGCACACGAACUACAACAAGGAGACCUAUCUCCUUACUCCCUCCAUGAUGGGUGACCUGUGUGUGGCCAAGAUGGUCCCGCCUCCCAACUCGCGCUACCUCGGUGGGCCCGGCAGCGAGCCGCCGUCUCCGGAGAAGUCGGUGUUGUGUGAGGCCUCGCGGAACUUGCGUUGGACCAUCAGCAACACGGGCAUUCACGCGCCGGUGUACAAGCUGAUGCUUCCCAACCCCGAUAUGCCUGGAAAUGACCAGCCUCUGUUCCAGAUCUCAAAACCGAACCCCAAUGCGAUGUGGUGGUCUAUGUUCUACUUCACGUACGGUGGUCACCUUAUUCCCCCCAAGCGUAUCGAGUUUGGUCGCAUCCAGAAGAAUGCUGUGGCAGGCAAUGGCGGCGGUGCUGGUACGCGUGUUACGAUCAUGGGCCGCACGCCGGAGGAGAAGGCUGUUUGGCAGACGCUGGGUGAAGGCAACGAAGAUAUGGUGGAAUGGAUCGUGCUGUGUGCUGCCUUGAACCUGAUCGACGAGGAGAUCGUCAAGGCUGCGUCGCGCCAUACCGAGCAGCGGGUACGCAGCCCUGUCACUGCGCAGGCUCCCAUGGCUCCGCCGAACCGCCCUACGGUUACAUCGAUUCCCCCCCAGAGCCAGGCACCGCCCCAAGCGGCGCGCAGUGGCCCUGGGCUGCAGGCGCGGCCGCCGCCGCCGCCCAACGCUCGUGGUCCUCCGACGAAUGCAGGCGGCCCCAAGUUCGGAGGUGGAAAGCCCGCUGGAAAGGCGCCCGCGAAGAAGAGCGGCAACAAGCUGUUGAACCUUAUGCGGUCUUAA